UUCCAGCAGGCUCGGCAGCUUCAUCCUCUCAUGGUCCCGGUCCUCAUGGUCCCGGUCCUCAUGGUCCUGGUCCUCAUGGAGUGGGAGAUGCGAAUGAGUGUGGAUCAGCUUGAGAUGUCUGGAUUGUCCCUCAGGCUGGAGCACUCAUGAUGUUCUUCUGUGAGGACACGCCGUCCUCGGACUAAGUCCACCCUUGGACUCAGGACUACCAGCCUCCCCACAUGCUACCCCUCCGGCUGCGGAGGUCGCUUACAGCCGCAGGGUUGUGCCUGCUCCUCGUCGCUGUCCUCCACAAAAACAUUCUCCACCAAGGUCACCUGUCGAGCGGAAGUUGCGAGGUGGUCAUGAUGGACCGGGACAGCAGUCAGCCAAGAAGGACCAUCGCCCGGCAGACGGCCCGCUGUGCCUGCAGGACAGGACAGAUCGCGGGAACCGUGCGAGCCAGGCCGGCCUGCGUGGAUGUGGACAUCGUCUCCAGUCGCCAGUGGUGUCUCAUGGGUCCAUGUUUGGACCGCGAGGGCUGCCACCUUCUCGUCAACCAGUCGGGCUGGACCUGCACGCAACCAGGAGGCCGAGUCAAGACCACCACGGUCUCCUGACAGGAAGUAACAUGGCCGCCGUCCGUCUCAGUCAACACUCAGACAAGAAGAUUCCUGUCGAGGUUCGCCUUCCCGGGGAAAAAUUGAGUCCAGGGCAAAGAGCUAGCGACGACUUGAGCGGACAACAAGUCUGUGAGGGACUAGCGAGGACAACGAUCAAGAAUAUGCGGACCGUAAUGACAUUUUCUGUGAGGAUCAACGUCGUACGCACAGUUUCCGAAGUACUAAAUCCGAGCACAUGUUGGAAUCCUGCUGGCCACACCCACAUUUACAUAUGCAAAUUAUAUUUAAACUAGCCAUGUGCCUGAGAUGUUGCCCAAUCACCAGGAGUAGAUGUGGCUUCUUUCUGGCGUUUCCCGGCAAACGAAGGGCGGGGCCGAGUUCUAAAUGUUAAAAUUUUGUGGCGAGUCAUCAGAUCGAAGUUUGGCGCCACGCCCCGCCCACCUCCUAAGGCGUAGGCAAAAGUCCUUCGCAGUUUACUAUCGGCAAUCUGCCUUGUAUCUGGGAUUCUAUUUGCUACUUGUUUGGUCAAAGUCCCGAGGAGGAGCUCCUUAAAGUACCACCCCUGUUUUUGGCCGAGACAGAAUCCAAGAUGGCCGACUUCCUGUUUGUUUUCAAAUAUGGGUUCCUGAGACAUUUACGCGCGUCUUGUCAUGACAGACGUCUCCAGUGAAACUGGUGGCAAGGGCCAUGAAGAAAAUGUGUUCGUAGAGAAGCUGGCUGAUGUCAUCACGAUGAUGAUUUCAUGAAGAUGUCAUGACGACGUCACAAUGAUGUCAUGAUGAUGUCACAAUGACGAUAUCAUGAUGAUGCCAUGAUAAUGUGAUGAUAAUGAUGUCACAGGGAUCAUCAUGAUGAUGUCUUGUAGCUGAUGGUGUAAUAAGGAUGAUGUCACAAUGAUGACAGCAUGAUGAUGAUGUCAUGAUAACGAUGUCAUGAUGAUGUCACAACGAUGAUGGCAUGUUGAUGUAUUAAUGAUGAUAUAAUGAUGUAUGAAUUAUGAUGUCACAAUGAUGAUGAUGUCAUGACAAUGUCAUGAUGCCAUCAUGAUAACACAAUAAAGUCAUGAUCAUGUAUUGAUGAUGAUGUCAUGAUGAUGUAAUGGUGAUGCCUUGCUGAUCAAUGAUAGUGACGUCAUGGUGAUGUCAUGAUGAUGUCACGAUGACAUCACGAUUAUUUCACAAUGAUGUAAUGAUGAUAAUGUUAUGAGGACGAUGGCACUAUGAUGAUUUGAUGAUGAUGUAAUGAUGAUGAUGUCACAAUAAUGUCACGAUGAUGCUACAAUGACAUCACAAUAAUGUCACAAUGAUGUAAUAAUAAUGAUGUCAUGAGGAUGCCAUGAUGUCAUCAUGAUGUUACGAUAAAAUCAUGAUGAUCUCACGAUGAUGUAUUGAUGAUGAUGAUGAUGAUGCAAUGAUGAUGCAUGAUGGUGACGUCAUGGCGAUGUCAUGACGAAUUCACGAUGACGUCUUGAUGAUUUCACAAUGAUGUCAUAAUGGUGUAAUAAUAAUGAUGUUAUGAGGAUGAUGUCAUGAUGACGUUUUGAUGAUGCAAUUGAGAUGAUGUCACAAUAAUGUCACGAUGAUGUCACGAUGACAUCACAAUGAUAUCAUGACGAUGUAAAAAUCAAUCAAUCAAUCGAUGAUUAUUUAUAUAGCCCUAAAUCACUACUGUCUCAAAGGGCUGCACAAACCACAAUACAAACCACAACGACAUCCUCGGUAGAGCCCCCGAACGGUAAUGAUGAUGUCAUGAGGAUGUCGUCGUGAUGAUGUCAUUAUAAUGUAAUGAUGAUGAUGUCAUGAUGAUGAUGUCAUGAUGAUGAAUUGAUGAUGAUAUCUUUAUGAUGAUGCAAUGAGGACGACGUCAUGAAGAUGUAAUGAUGAUGAUGUCAUGAUAAAUCUAAUUAAAACCAGGUUCUUCAUCUCA